AUGCAAUCUGAAAUGAAAAAGGUCACACGCCCCAUAGCAGCUGCCAAGUAUGACAUCCUUCCUACAGAUGUUUAUGACGACAACAAGUACGGAGAAUAUGUGUGUAGUCAAGUGCAAGACUUAUUGGAUGGUGGUAAUUUUCUUCAUAAUGGUGUUGACAAGCAGGGAAGGACCAACAACCUCGCGAAUGGUGCACUCGGAGAGUUCUGCAGUACAUUUUUCUACAUGAGCGAACAUGCGCUCACUAAGUCUUUUCUGGAUGAAUUUGCUGAAGCCGUCCCCGAAGGCGCUGUCGCACUUGGAGCAACCACACUCGCUGCAGCCAUUGAUGAGUACAAGACCGGUAUCUACAAACCAAUGAAAUUUGUCUCUGAGUUGUAUCAGCCCAUUUACGACAGUGUCAUGCAACUCUAUGAUGAUGUCAAGCUUGACCCUUAUCAUUCGAAGAAAUGUCGAGCAGUUUGUAAGAAAUGGGCGCGUGCUGCAGGUACUCUCACAUGUAAUCAAUCAAACCGGCGUCAUAAUUGGGGUCUGAAGUUGAAGCUCAACUAG